UUACCACCCAUAUGUGGUUAGCCCAGGGGUCAGUGUUCAGUUUGUUUGAUGAGCAGUAGACCUUGGCCACUUAGCCAUGUGCAAAUGCAAUGUCCCCAUCGCAGAGAAGACAGGUGCACCAUAAAAGAGGGGAGCCAAGCUAAGAACCACAAUUUUUCUGAAGGAACAAUGAAAUCAGAAGCCUCUCACAAGAUGACAGUGCUCCAUGCUCCAGUUGGAGUGAGGAGCAUCGUGACCUCCUUGGUGGCUUUCUUCAUCCUAGCCAGCUCCAUCGUCUUCCUCCUUGACAGAGGCCAGGAAGCGCAAGUGCAAAUGGCUGUCGAGAGAACUGAAGAGGAGGACGCGAGCAACGAGGAGUGCAACUGGUCGAGGGGGCGGUGGGUGUACAACAACGUCUCCCGGCCAUUGUACAACGGCCUCAAGUGCGCCUUCAUCUUCCCCGAGGUGGCCUGUGACAAAUAUGGCAGGAAGGAUGUCAUGUACCAGCACUGGAGAUGGCAGCCUCAUGGAUGCGACCUCCCAAGAUUUGAUGCCAUCAAGCUGCUUGAAAAGCUGAGGAACAAGAGAUUGGUGUUUGUGGGUGACUCAGUCAACAGGAACCAAUGGGUCUCUCUUGUGUGCAUGGUGGAGGCCUCAAUACCUGACGACAGGCUCAAGAUACGCAUCUUCAAUGGCUCACUGAUCUCCUUCAAGGCGUUGGAAUACAAUGCAACAAUAGAUUUCUACUGGUCACCACUACUGGUGGAGUCUAACAGCGACAAUCCCAUUAUCCACCGGGUGGAGUACCGAAUCAUAAGGGCAGACAGAAUUGAGAAGCAUGCCAGUGUCUGGAGGGAUGCUGACAUCAUAGUCUUCAAUUCUUACCUGUGGUGGAGGAAGCAGAAGGAUGACAUGAGGAUGAAGGUCAUGUAUGGUUCAUUUGAAGAUGGUGAUGCAAAGUUAGACGAAAUGGAAAUGGUCGAUGGUUUUGAGAUAGCUAUCAAGAAACUAACGGAAUGGCUUGGAGAGAAUAUUGACAAGAACAAGACUAGGAUCUUUUUUGCAGGAUCAUCACCAACACAUUCCUGGGCCAGCAACUGGGGUGGAGAAGACAAGAACAAAUGCCUUAAUGAAACGGAGCCAAUCUACAAAAAAGGUUACAAAGCUGCAACUACGGACUACAGCUUGAUGGCCACGGCCAAGUCCUAUUUUCGAACAUUGGAGCCAAAAGGCAUACAUGUUCAGAUACUGAACAUCACUGAACUGUCUGACUACCGCAAGGACGGGCAUCCUACGGUGUACAGGAAACAAUUUGUUCCUCUAACGAAGGAGCAAAUUGCAGAUCCAGCCAGCUAUGCUGAUUGCACGCAUUGGUGCCUCCCAGGAGUUCCCGAUGUCUGGAACGAGUUUUUAUAUGGCUACCUCGUGCACAAAUGAUGUACAAAAUGACAGGUUCCUUUUAUCCCUUUUAUAAAUAUGUACAAAUGACAUACUCCAUUUAGAUUAGGAUUCUCUUGUGCAGAGAAUGGUUGGACCUAUUACAUUUACAUGUAGAGACAGAUAAAAGGAGAAAAGAAAGGAUCUGUCUGUGCAUCACCUAAUAGGAUCGGUGUACUAUUUGUUUACAUCUAACAGGGUGACAUGAUUGUAAAUUUAGAAGAAAUUUGUCAUGGCAAAGAACAGCUUAAGAAUGAUUAA